AAUUUGGAUACUAGCUAUGGCUGAGAGUUUUAACGCUAACGACAUUGAAAAGCAACCGGACUCAAAUCAGAGCACCGCUAAACAGGCAAAUGUCUCAUUGUCUUCGCAAAAAGAUGGCAAUAGUCUAAAAUCGGACGCAGCCGAUUUACCUGAAAGGGAUCAGUGGGCGAACAAAUUGGAUUUUGUCAUAUCCUGCAUCGGGUUUGCCGUUGGACUAGGAAACAUUUGGAGAUUUCCUUACCUAUGUUACAAGAAUGGUGGAGGGGCUUUUCUUAUUCCAUACUUUAUCUGCCUAAUAUGUGGUGGAGUUCCAAUUCUCUUCUUAGAAAUUUCACUUGGUCAGUUUAUGAGGCAAGGAGGGUUUGGAGUUUGGAAAAUCUGUCCUAUAUUUCAAGGAAUAGGAUGUGCAACAACGGUUAUAGUAUUCCUUAUGAAUUGUUAUUAUAUUUUGGUAAUUGCCUGGGCAGUUAAUUAUUGCGUUAUGUCUUUUAACUCUGUUCUUCCUUGGUCACAUUGUAACAAUACUUGGAAUACUCCAAAUUGCUCGACUUUUGAAACUUCCAUAAAUAAAACCAACGUAACAGGCCGACAAGAUUCUGUAAUUGAAUUUUGGGAUAGGAGGAUUUUGGAUAUUUCCGAUGGAGUUGACAAUCCUGAUGGUAUCGUAUGGCAGAAUGCUGUAUGCUUACUAUUCGUUUGGAUUGUUUGCUAUUUUUGCGUCUGGAAAGGGGUUAAGUGGACUGGAAAGGUUGUAUAUUUUACAGCACUUUUUCCAUACGUUGUCCUGACCAUCCUGCUCAUUCGUGGAGUUACAUUAGAUGGAGCCUCUAAGGGUAUUACAUUCUACCUGAAACCUGAUUUUAACAAAUUGAGUGAUUCACAAGUUUGGAUUGAUGCGGGAACACAAAUUUUCUUUUCCUACGCUAUAGCUUUGGGAGCAAUGACUGCUCUGGGAUCCUAUAACAAGUUUAACAACAAUUGCUAUAAAGAUUGUAUUAUUGUUUCUAUUGCUAAUUCUGCAACAAGUUUAUACGCUGGAUUUGCAAUAUUCUCUGUUCUUGGCUUUAUGGCUGAACAGCAAAAUGUUCCGAUUGAGGAUGUUGCUGCAAAAGGUCCUGGGUUGAUAUUCAUCGUAUAUCCUAAAGCUGUAACUCAGAUGCCUAUACCAACGCUGUGGGCAAUCCUGUUUUUCUUCAUGAUAUUCCUUCUUGGCUUGGACAGUCAGUUCGUAGGGAUGGAAUCUUUUGUCACUGUUAUCGUCGAUUUUUUCCCUAUGCUUAGGAAGAAAUGGUAUAAAGAAGGUUUUGUGGCUUUAUACGUUCUGAUAUCAUUCUUGAUCGGCUUAACCAUGGUAACCAGAGGAGGAAUGUAUGUGUUUCAGCUCUUCGAUUAUUAUUCAGCUUCCGGUAUGACACUCUUAUGGGUUUGCUUUUUUGAAUCAAUUACAAUUGGCUGGGUUUACGGUGGAGUUAAGUACUACGAUAAUCUAGAAUUAAUGUUUGGAUUCAGGAUAAAUCCUUGGUUUCGAAUCUGUUGGAUGUGUAUUACACCACUUGUAACUUGUGCUAUACUUAUAUCAAUGUGGGUACUCUUCGAACCGUUAACAUACAAUGAAACAUAUAAGUAUCCAGCUUGGGCCCAAGCAAUUGGUAUGUGUAUGGGUUUUGCAUCAAUGAUAUGCAUACCAUUGUACGUACCAUACUCUCUCCUAACGGCGCCAGGAACGACAUUUUUAGAGCGACUAAAGAACUCUAUCACUCCAAAGUUGGAAGACUAUCAAUUAGAAAAAGAAGCGGAGGAUUAUGGAAAAUUUAAAGAAAUAACUGCAGAAUGCAUACUUAAACCAUCUUUAGAAUCUCUCGUACCUUUAAACAACGAUAUUGGAAAUUAAAAGAAAUCUUUUCACUUCUUUCAUUGACAAUUUGAUCUCGACGUUUAGCAUAUCGUUUCAAGCCAAUAUAUCCUCCGGAAGUAAGGAAAGCAAAGCACGCUAUGCAAGAAAAUACAACAGAUACCGUAACAGUUAAUGUUUCGGAAAUGUAAAUUUUUAUGAAAAUACUUCUAAUUCUAUAUAAGCAAAAGAGUUUGACUCUUUUACAUUUGUUUUUAAAUACCUUAUCUUUUCGACAACAUCCAUUAAAUAAUAUUUAUAUUUAAUGCUUUAAAUUUAUAUGUUUCUUUUCGUAUUGUAAAUAAUCUAUAUUAAUGUUUCUAGUGUAAAGAUUUUAUCUGUAAGUUUAAGAGAAAAUGAUUAUUGAGUGUCGUGACUUGUUGUUUCUAUAUCGUUGUUCUUAAACAUCUGAUUUUCAAUUAUUAUUUAUCAGUAUCGUUUCUAUAAAUAAACAAUACAGCAAUAUAAAUACAAGAUAUAGUUAAUUUUGUAGGUUUAAUAGCGAGCGCCAUCUAUAUGUAACUAGGAAGUGGUUAUCUGUGUUGGAUUACAAGAUAAUCUUAGUUUGAAUUAAAAGUCCUCAUCUUUAGUCAAAUUACAAUAAAAAA